AUGCAAUUGCAUAUACAUAAUGAAACCUGGCCAAACAUAACAAAAAUUGCAUAUACAAGUUUGCUCGUAGUGCUGGCUAUCUCCCCUGACAAUUCACAACUGAAUAUUACUACUAACUCCUCAAGCUUAAAUAGCCUAAACAAUGUAUUAUGGGAUACAAUACCCAAUUCAUAUGAACAACUCCGAAGACAACCUUUUAGUAAACUAUUACUGUUAAUUAGAACUACAAUUAUAACCAAAGAUCUAAUACUAAACAUCUCCAGAACUAAAAUCACCUCAAAAAUUAAUCCUAAUAUAGAAAAAAUUAAAAUAAAACUAGAUACAAACCAAACCAAUACACAAUUUUACCGUCUAGCCUUUCACAACGUCCUCACUUUUAUCAAUUUCAAGGAAAUAAUAAAGACAACUCAAAUAGUACACAACCUUGACGCCUUCACCUCUUUACAUAGAGUUCAAAACUGGAAUAACAACCAAACUACCAUCAAAUGGAAUACAAUAUUUAAAUACUUACAAUUCAAGGAUAAACCUUUAUACUAUUUUACGGACCAAAAAUCUCCCGGUUAA